AUGAUUUGUUCAAAUUCUACUCUUUGUAAACUUUCUUGUCUACAUGUUUUGAAAGCCAGGCAGUUUUCUUUUAUUUAUUUAACUUGUGUACACCACUUGCUUUUUCAUAGAUCAUUUUUUGAUACAAUUAAAAGCAAAGGAAGUGAGAAGAGAUUCUUUGUAGAUUUGACGAUGAGUUCAAGAAUUAGAACCUGUAUGCUCCUGAUCUUGUUUUUCUUCCAAAAAUGUUAUGUUUCUGCACUCACUAAUGUUUUCGACGCUUCUGCUUUAAGAGGUAUGAAGAAUGAAUGGACCAGGUCUCCGAAAGGUUGGGAAGGCUCUGACCCUUGCGGAACCAAUUGGGUUGGAAUUACAUGUACCAAUGACCGCGUCGUGUCAAUAUCACUAGUUAACCACAAUUUGGAAGGAACGCUUUCUGAGUAUAUUUUAGCCUUGUCAGAAUUGGAAAUCUUAGAUUUAUCAUUCAAUAUUGGAUUGACUGGACCACUUCCAUCCAACAUUGGUGACCUUAAGAAGUUAAAGAAUUUGAUCCUUGUGGGAUGUGGUCUUAGUGGUCAAAUCCCUGAUUCUAUAGGAUCUCUAGAACAAAUUAUAAAUCUCUCUUUGAAUUUAAAUAAAUUUAGUGGAACAAUCCCGGCAUCCAUUGGACGGUUGUCAAAACUAGAUUGGUUCGAUAUAGCUGAGAAUCAGAUUGAAGGAGAGCUUCCAAUAUCUAAUGGGACUUCUUCACCUGGACUUGACAUGCUUACUCAAACUCAGCACUUUCAUUUUGGGAAAAAUAAGCUUUCGGGCCAUAUCCCAGAAAAGCUCUUCAACUCAAACAUGAGUUUGAUACAUGUACUAUUCAAUAAUAACCAAUUCACAGGCAAAAUCCCAGAAAGCCUCAGCCUCGUUACAACGUUGUUAGUCUUACGCCUUGACACGAAUCGAUUAAGUGGAGAUAUUCCUCCAAGUCUUAAUAAUCUCACAAGUCUCAACCAACUGCACUUGUGCAACAACAAAUUUACAGGCAGUCUUCCAAAUUUAGCCAGUUUGACCGAUCUCGACGAAAUAGAUGUGAGCAAUAACACUUUGGAAUUCUCACUCGUUCCAUCAUGGAUCGUUUCAUUACGCAACCUGACAUCAAUAAGGAUGGAAGGGAUCCAACUCAUAGGUCCAGUGCCGAUUUCCUUCUUCAGUCUUAUUCGAUUGCAAUCUGUUAACCUUAAGCGGAAUUGGAUAAACGGAACCUUGGACUUUGGUACCAACUAUAGCAAACAGUUGGAGUUAGUUAGUUUAAGAUACAAUAACAUAACUGGUUAUAAACAAGCAGCUAAUGAACACAUCAAAGUAAUAUUGGCAAAUAAUCCAGUGUGUGGGGAGGUAGGGAACAAGCCGAGUUUCUGCUCAGCAAUCAAACACAGUUCAUCAUUUUCUACCCUCCAAACAAUCAAAGAUCUAUUUAAGAAGUUUAUUUAUAAUGUGGACUCUGUGGCCGUUUAG